ACAAAUGUCCUCUGUAACACCAUGGACACCUCGCGGACACCUUCCUCUGUCCCCGAACACGAGUCUGCCCCUCGGUUGAUCAGCCCUCCAGGGGUUGGGGCGAGGCACUGGCAGGCGGUGAUGACAUUCUUUUGUCUUCUGUUGUCCUACUGCCUGAGGGUGAACUUGUCCGUGGCCAUCGUAGCUAUGACAGACACCAGAGAUUCUCGACCCGACGUCACGAUUCUGCCUUGGGAUAUUGCCCAGAAAGGUGUCAUCCUCAGCUCCAUGUUUUGGGGAUACUGCAUACUGCAGAUUCCCGCGGGGCAUCUCUCCCGCAUCAUUGGCCCAAAGUAUCUACUCUUCUGGGCGAUGGUGGUCUGCUCCUCGGCGACCAUCCUCGGUCCCUUCAUAGCCCUUCAGUGUGACUGGCUCGGCUUCUGUGUCAGCAGAUUUGUAGUGGGAUUAGCGCAGGGAUUUUUCUUCCCUUGCGUGAACUCACACAUUGCCAAGUGGGCACCUCCCUGGAGAGGAACAGGAUGUUUUCAUUUCGUUUUUGUUGCGACCCUGACCAUGUUCGGUGGCAGGAUACCUGGCUGCAGCAAGUUCACUGGGGAUGGCCUAGUAAUCUUCUACGUGAACCGGAGGGGGCUGUGGGACCUCCCUCUGGGCUCUGAUGUGGCUGUUACGUGGGGUGCACUCGACGAUCUGGACUCGCACUCCACAAUCAGUGAUGGCACGAUGACGGGCCUUAACAUCAAGUACGCUUCAUACUCGUCAAUUCCUCAGACCAGAGCAAGGCUAUAUCUUAUGAUUGAAGACCCCAUUGAGAGGAUUAUACUCACGACCAGCAACCAGUCGAGUGGGGCCCAUACUUAUAGCAAUCCUCGUGUCAAUUUGGAGUUACUGGACUCUUAA